GCAGCGGCUGCAGCGCGCGCGAAAAUUCCAAAGGCGCGGCGCGGCGGGCGCGGGAUUGUGGAAUGGCUCAGGACACUACAGUGCCCAAACUGAACUUUGAAUAUUGGUUGGAUAAAGCUAUUGAAUGGGGUCAAGCCACCACGCUGGAAUCCCAGAAGGACGUGUGCCUUCACUUGCCCCAGCUCCAGGAAUUCCUACAUGAGCUUUAUGAAACAAUAAAACAUUUGCAGGGUUCCACUGCAGCAAUUGAGCAGUUCCCUUUAAUUGGACAGCUUCUAGGAAGGCUCUGUUGGAAUCCUUUUGUUAUAGGAUAUGAUGAAAGCCAGAAGGCUCUGAUGUGGUGCCUAUGUUGUCUGUACAGCAGUGAACCACAAAACGCUGUGGAGCUGAAGGCCAAUAGCUGGGUACGGAGUUUGCUGUGCCAUCUCCUUUGUUCUUGUAAGUGGGAAGGUAAUGAAGCGGAAACCAGUACCUUCAUAUCAGCUCUGGGCUACACAUCCGCAGAUUAUUAUUACCACUUGGUUAAAAAUAUGGUCGUUUCAUUAGUAACAGAGCUCAGAGAAAACCAGUUCAAUGGACUUAACAUUCAGGAGAGCGUUUCAGCUAGUCAUGUGAAUGCUGUGUCCAUUUUCUGUGUGCCUCUCAUUACUUUGCCUGAUCUAACUCCACUGCUGGAAACUCUCCUUCUUUACCACGGAGGUUCAUCAAAAGAAAUUCUCAGUUCAGAAUUUCUAGAGGCUGUGAAUGAGGCUGUUUUAAAGAAGAAGAUCUCCCUUCCUGAAUCAGCUAUCUUCAGCCUUUGGCUUCGUCACUUACCAAGCCUUGAAAAAGCUACCUUACAUCUUUUAGACCAGCUGUUUUCCAUUCAGCUGAGUUCACUGGACGAAGUGGCUCGUGUCAUAAAAGACUCACUGCUGCCACAAGCAGCAAGCCAUCCUGCUGUUUUCAGAAUUGUAAACGAAAUUUUCAAGAAUGCACUGGUGGAAACUGAAGGAACUUCAGAAGUUAUGACAAUAAUACAGGUGUUUACACAGCUCUUCCUCCAGGCUUAUCAGAAUGAAAACAAACAGCAUAAGUUUCCACUGAAGGCCUACUUCCCAUACCAUCACCAGCCUCUUGUUAGAGGCUUAGUCAGACGUCCUUUUGAACUCCCAACUACAUACUGGUCUCAGCACUUGAAGCACAUUUCAGAUAUGCUCAAAGCACUAGUAGAGGAUACAAACAUUAGUUCUCUCACUGACCUCUUUGAAAUAUGGUUUUUGGUUGCUUGUUUUGGAGAAUGGUUGGAUAUUGCAGCAGAACAAUUACUGAAGGCUGCUGUAGAACCAGAUGCUGUGCUGUGGCUGCUGGCAUUUUACUACUGUCCUAAGAAUGAAAAUCAACAAAGGACUGAAACAAUGGUAGAAGCUCAAGCAGUCUACAAUAAUCUAAUGAUGGUGUUCAGCUGUGCAGACCUUUCUGUCAAAGACCUGGAGGCUGCUGUACACAGGAUAACAGGCAUAGAGCAGUGUUGUAACCAGCGUCUCACAACACAUCUUCUGACCAACUUUUUGCUCUUCUCAACUGGUGGACAUAAGAUUGCCCAGGAAUGUAUUUACCAUAUUGCUGAGAUAACUGAUACAAGCAAAGAAGUUUAUAACCUUCUUAUCCGUACUGCAUACAGAUUUAACAAUAGUGGAGAAGAAAACCAAAGGACUGUGAAGCUGCUGAAUGAACUUCUUGAAAAACUUCCAUGGAAAGUUUAGAAUUUUAAUGUCAUCUAUUUAUCAAACCAACAAAUCAGGUCUUUAUCUGGGUGUCAGACUUCCAUUAGCACCUGGCACUGCAGGUUACCAAGGGCAGAAAUAUACCUACAUAAGCUAUAGCUGCUAACUUACAUUCUCUCAUCUAUAUUGAAAAAUAACCUGUUGUUUGAAAAUGUUCAUCUUUUGAAACGUAACAGUAAAGAUGCUUGAAAGUUUUGUUCUGAGUAUCUUUUGUAACAAGAGACCUACAUAAUUUAAAGUAGUUCACUUAUCUCCUUAUUGUUUAUUUGGCUGAGGAUCAGUUUUUCUCCCAAAUUACUCAUGUGGGUUUUUUAAGCAAGUAAUAUCCAAUUGCUUGUUUGGGAAGUUGUUACUAAAAUGUUUUGUUCUAUGCUUCUGCUUUUAUGAGACUAACGAUGAUCUCAAGUGAUUCAUGGUGUUCUCAGGAAAUCAGUGAGUGAUGUUUCCUGAACUCUUUCCUUCUUUUUGAAAAUGUUUCCAAAAUGAAACUCUUCCCAGAUUUGUUAAAUGUGUGUUUUUUUUCAAUAUUGCAGCUUUCACAGGACAGUGUUCUCCUCUAAGUACUAUACCAAUAGCUGGUCUUUGUCAACAGAUACUGCAGGCAUAAAAUUGCUUGGAAUAAAGUCCACUUAACAGUGUGCUGUGACUGAUGCUGUUAUUUAUUCAUUUAAGAAAUAUGGGGUUUUUAUUCAGACAAAAGAGGGCAAGUGAAGCAGAGGCAUAAGGACAUUUUCCUGUUUGAAGGGACAGAUUUCCUGUAAAGGUUGCAACUCACUGCCUUUAUUUUUGUGUCCAGCAGUAAUUUGCUUACUUCUUUGUUUAGUUUUUUCUCUCCUGCAUGGACAAGAGAUAAAAAAUAUGCAAGAAGAAUAGACAGGUUAUGGCUUGUGUUUUUUACCCCUCGGAAAGUGUUUUUUGCAAGACAUUUUGUGAACCUGUCUUUAGCUUAACUAGGAAAAAAAGCAUAGAAAAUAGUAGUGACAGAGCAUCCUAACUUUUCUCAGUAAUUUGUUCUCCUGUAUUUCUUAUCUGUAAUUCCAGUGCCUAUGCUGUGCUAUUCAAAGAUGCUACCUGGAAUACUAUAGUUACCUAUAAAAUCCAAGAUAUGUAUCUUGAAUUAAUAAAGCUUUUUGAAUGUA